CAAGGGAACCGGCUGUUGCACUGUGGAGGCAUCAUGGCCGUUCUUCAGAUUCUUAUGCUAAUGGUAUUCCAUUACAUUUUAAAUGGUCUGCUGUACACAGUAAGCGUUCAUGGCUGAAGACUGCUGCCGAGCUGGAUUUCUCUGUUUGUCUGUGCUCUGCAUUUGGAUUCAGACUCUCUGCCACCUUUUACACUCACCUAUGACCUUCAGCUCCAGAGACAGACUGUUCAGAGGAGUGGAAGUGGACUAGUACAGAGACUUUUAGCAUUACAUACUCUCAGCACAUAGUGAGAGAUCAGGUGGCUUUUCCAUCUGUAGGAUGAGAAUCCUGAGGAGCUUCCAGAGGUCCAGCAGCUGGAGGAUAAUGGCUAUGAUGAGGUCUUCAUUACAGAAAGUGAUGUUCUUUCUGCACAGAGUCCAAAGGGUUGCUUUCACAUCACCAAGAUAUCAGAAACUGUGUAAGGAUAUUCAGGCAGAGAUUGAUGCCCACAGUGAUCCCUACAGAGGGUGCUCCAGAGACCAAUCACAGGCUGUCGUGGCAAUCGGCCAUGAUGAGAAUAUGGACCAAAACUGUCGGACCACUGCCUUUUCCAACAGGGAACAUGUGGAGCUUAACAGUGAGAGAUGGGCUGGGCUGAUAGCUCUGCUGGAGGAGCUCUGGUUCUGGGUGAAGAUGAAGGAUGAGGAGCUGACCAGUCAAAGUCCCAUUGGAGAGGAUGUUCAUACUCUACUGCAGCAACAAGGCUACUGUAUGGCUCUGCAGAGCGAGCUGACCAGUCGAAGACAGGAUUUUGACCACACACUGAAGCAAGUAUGCUUGUCUUUGGCUCUACAGCCUGUGGAUUCUCUGACUGAAGUCAGCAUGGAAUCAGCAGCAGGGCGUGCUGUGCCCGAGAGGAUAAUGUGGCUGGCCCGUGUCAUGCAGGAUCAAGCAGUAGAGGUCCAACAGCACUGGGAACGGUUCCGUGCUCAUGCGGCCAGUUGGCAGCAGCAGGUCAGCUGGGCACUGGGGAAGCUCCAGGACCUGCAGGACUCCAUGCAUCAAGAGGAGUUAAGCUUGACAGAGAUGGAUAGUAAUGGGCAAGAAUGGCACCCAGAUGGACAUACUUUGGUCAACUGUAUGCUGGAUAAGAGCUUUAUUGACGGGACAGUAGGAUGCCACCUGAAAGCGAUGAAUGUCAAUGGCAGUUUGGUUCCACCUCCUGACAUUCAGCUGACUCUGGUUUCAUCAGCACUACCUCACAGCCUCAGUACACAAAUGAACGUCUCAGAGGGGGCAAUGAUGAAUCAGCACAGUCAGCCCCUAGAUGCUCGAGAUGAUAACAGACCAUUCUCCCAGGACUUCUUAUCUGCCUCUGUUCAGUCUCCGUGGCAGAGGGCAGUUUUUCAUAACGGUGUUCCUUACUACAUCAAUCAUGAGUGGCAGACUACAUCAUGGGAUCAUCCACAAAUGACUCAGCUUUUUCAGUCACUGGAUGAGCUGGGACAUGUCCGCUUUUCUGCCUACCGCACAGCUAUGAAGAGCCGCCGAGUGCAGAAAGCCUUGUGCUUGGACCUUUUGGAGUUGGCAGAGGCUCAGGGUGUCUUUGACCAACAUCGGCUAACUCAUAAUGGACAGCUUUUGGAGGUUCCAGCCAUCAUAACCUGUUUGUUCACAAUCUACACUGAACUUCAGCAGGCAUAUCCAGAUCUGAUCAAUAUCCCUCUGUGUGUGGACCUGUGUCUCAACUGGCUUCUGAAUGUCUAUGACAGUGGCAGAAGUGGGAAGGUUGAAGUCAUAAGCAUGAAGAUUGGACUGCUUUCUCUUUCGAAAGGACACCUUGAGGACAAGUAUAAAUACCUGUUCAGUCAGGUGGCUGGCUCUGCAGGAGUGUGUAACCCACGGCAGCUGGCUCUGCUGCUGCACACCACCAUGCAGAUUCCCCACCAGCUGGGUGAGGCUGCUGCAUUCGGAGGGAGCAACGUGGAGCCCAGUGUCCACAGCUGCUUUAGGCAUGUGGGCUGUAAGGAGACAAUUGAGCUGGAUCAGUUUGUAGAGUGGAUGCAUCUGGAGCCCCAAUCGAUGGUGUGGUUACCAGUGUUGCACAGAGUGGCUGCAGCUGAGACAGCCAAGCAUCAGGCCAAAUGCAACAUCUGUAAAGAGUGCCCCAUGGUGGGCUUUAGGUAUCGCAGUCUGAAGCAUUUUAACUAUGAUGUGUGCCAGAGGUGUUUUUUCUCUGGAAGAACUACUAAGGGUCACAAACUGAACUAUCCCAUGGUGGAAUACUGCACCCCUACGACCUCUGGGGAAGAUGUGCGUGACUUCACCAAGGUGCUGAAGAAUAAGUUUCGGUCAAAAAAGUAUUUCACCAAACACCCACGCCUUGGAUACCUGCCAGUCCAGGCCAUUCUAGAAAGUGAUCUAGAUGUCCCAGUCACACUGCUGAGCAUGUGUCCAGAGCACUAUGAGUGA